UCCGCCCAAUGGCGCUGCAGGGAGACCCAUCAGACGAAGUCAGCAGCCUGAAGGAGCUGUCCUUCCUCAGUCGGGAGGAGAGCCCAGACUACCCAGAUGAAUAUGGAGAUAUGGAGCAGAACCCCUUUCGGCUGAGCCUCAAGCCUGAAGAGAAGGAGGAUGUGAACUAUGCUGACUGGAGUUUGUUGGUGGCAACUGAGAAUGGCUUCAAUUCUUCAGGGCUCGGUGAUGGAGACAAACAUGUUGACCUGGUCAGAAGUGAAGAGGAGAGAGGUCCUUUGGAGACUCCUACAGGUGCAAAUGAAUCCGAGGGAAAUCAUGUCACCGAACGUCCUGGAGAGUUGCCAGAGAUCAUGUUGGGCAUGAUGGAGAAAUCGGCAAAUGAAUUAGGUUUUCAACCGCCUGAUGAAACCAACAGCACUUGGCAGGAAGAGGUUCUAACAACUUCCCAUAAUCCUUCUUCAUCAGACACCCUGGGGUUUCUCUCCACCACUGCAACACAAACUCAGACAUCAGACCUGCGAAAUCUUAUGCAGGAUGAUGCCACAUCCCUUCCCACUGGUGCUGUUUUCACCCAAGCUACUGCCACAGAUCAAGUAUUGUUGCCCACUUCUGCCACCAAAGAUGUAAAGGAACUCCUGGUGUCGGCUGGAGAUAAUCUACAAGUAACUUUACCAGAAAACGACGUUGAAUUGCAUGCAUUUGUAGUCACGCCAUUCCUUUCAGAAUUGGCCUAUAGUUAUGAGUGGAGCUCGAUAAGUCACCCCGAUGGUUACAAUGGUGAAAUGGAGGGCAAGCACACGCCAACGCUGAAACUUUCUCAACUGCCAGUAGGUGCCUAUGUCUUCAAAGUGACUGUUUCUGCUGAAAAUGCAUUUGGAGAAGGAUUUGUCAAUGUCACUGUCCAACCAGCUGUCAGAAUAAAUCAGCCGCCUGUUGCUAUCGUAUCUCCAAAAGCCCAGGAAAUUUCUUUCCCUACAACUUCUGCUUUCAUUGAUGGGAAUCAAAGUACCGAUGAUACUGAAAUAGCCAGUUACCACUGGGAAGAAAUUGAAGGUCCCCCUAGAGAAAAGAAGGCAUCAGCUGAUACACCAGUUUUACAUCUGUCUAACCUCGUGCCUGGCAAUUACACUUUCAGGUUAACAGUGAUUGACUCCAGUGGAGCAGCUAACUCUACAGAAGCCUCACUGAGAGUCCAUAAAAAAGUGGAUUUCCCUCCUGUUGCCAAUGCAGGGCCAAAUCAGGAAAUCAGUUUGCCUCGCAACUCCGUCACAGUGAAUGGAAAUCAGAGCAGUGAUGAUUAUGAGAUAGUCAGCUAUGAGUGGUCCCUGAGCCCGAAAAGUCGAGGCAAAGUGGUAGCAAUGCAGGGGGUGAGGAGUCCCUACCUCCAGUUAUCGUCCAUGCAAGAAGGCGAAUACACAUUUCAGCUGACUGUUACUGAUUCUGCUGAACAGCAGUCUACAGCUGAAGUCACGGUGAUUGUCUGGCCCGAAAAGAAUAGCCCCCCAACAGCCGUGGCUGGGCCAGAUAAGGAGCUGACAUUCCCUGUCCAGAGCACCGUUCUUGAUGGAAGCAUGAGCACUGAUGACUUAGGCAUUGUUUACUAUCACUGGGAGAAUAUCAGUGGACCAACCUCUGUGCAAAUGGAAGACACUGAUAGCGCAGUUGCAACCGUCACAGGCCUGCAUGUUGGAACCUACCAUUUCAGACUGACCGUCAAAGACAGCCAAGGACUAAGCAGCACAGCCACAAUCUCUGUGACUGUCAAGGAGGAAAGCAACCGCCCACCCCAGGCUCAUGCAGGGGGCAAGCACAUCCUCGUUCUUCCCAAUAACUCCAUUGCUUUGGAUGGUUCGCAAUCUACUGAUGACCAAGGGAUUGUGUCUUACCUCUGGAUUCGGGAUGGCCAGAGCCCAGCAGCUGGGGAUGUGAUACAUGGCUCAGAUCAUGAGGCCAUCCUGCAGCUGACCAACCUCGUAGAAGGGAGUUAUUCCUUUCACUUGAAAGUCACCGAUGGCAAAGGAGAGUCAGACAUCGACAUGGCUACUGUAGAAGUGCGGCCUGAUCCUAAGAAAAAUGGACUUGUGGAACUCAUCUUGCAAGUUGGAGUUGGCCAGCUGACUGAACAACAGAAAGACACGCUUGUGCGACAGCUAGCAAUGCUCCUGAACAUCUUGGAUUCUGAUAUUAAAGUUCAGAAGAUACACGCUUAUUCUGAUAUCAGCACAGCUGUUGUGUUCUAUGUUCAGAAUGGCCAUCCUUUUAAAGUGAUGAAGGCAGCAGAUGUUGCACAGAUGCUACGCUUGCAGCUCUUGAAGGAGAAGCCGGACUUCUUGCUUUUUAAAGUGCUUCGCGUUGACACGGCAGGUUGCCUCUUAAAGUGCUCCGGACAUGGACAUUGCGACCCUAUCACGAAGCGCUGCAUUUGCUAUGAGCUGUGGAUGGAAAAUUUGAUACAGAGGUAUCUUAACAACGGAGAGAGUAAUUGCGAGUGGAGUAUACUUUAUGUAACGGCAUCAGCUUUCAUUUUGAUUGUGCUGAUGGCGGGGUUCGUUUGGCUCUGCAUCUGCUGUUGCAAAAGCAGAAAGAGGACUAAAAUAAGAAAGAAAACAAAAUACACAAUUUUGGAUAAUAUAGAUGAUCAGGAGAGAAUGGAGCUCAGGCCUAAAUACGGUAUAAAGCACAGAAGCACAGAGCACAAUUCUAGCCUGAUGGUUUCAGAGUCAGAGUUUGACAGUGACCAGGACACCAUCUUCAGCAGAGAGAAGGUUGAAAGAGAGAACCCGAGGAAUGCCAUGAAUGGUUCCAUGAAGAAUGGUGUCUCCUUCAGCUACAGCUCAAAGAACAGAUAAAUGAAGAGGCUGCAGUGGAAGGACACGUGCUAAGGCUAUGCUGCUCCUCCUUCACCACCCCCCUCCCAAACUAUACUGGUGGGAGACGGGAUGAUAAACUUCCAGCAUAGUAGAAAAGGAAAUGGACGCGGUGGACUUUCCCCUUCAUUUCUUUAACCAAUAACGUAUUUUAACUCGCCACAUGGGUUAGGUGAAAGGGUUUUAAAGUCUAAAAAUGGUUGGAGAUGGUUUCCAUAUAAAAGGUUAUUGCUCAAGACUGUUGCAUUACAAGGAGCACAUAGGAAAGCUACCUUAUAUUGUUGUUUCCUUUAGAAAACAGUGGCUAUGCAUCUGUACAAAGACACACCAGUAUGCAAAUGUACCUUGAGUUAUUAAAAAGAAAAGCAGUGUGCGGCUAUAGCCUCCAUCUCCUUCCAGUCACUUUUAGUUUAGCAAAUAAGAGGGUUGAUGAAAAGGUUUUUUUGUGACAUCUUCUUUGGUAAGGCAGUGGAGUUGAAAUCAUUUUUUCAAAGGACUCAAGGCAUUGUCUGAAGCAACCUAAC